GUUGCAUGUGAGCAUUUAGGAUGGAAAAAUCCAACAUCAAUUCAGAAAGAAGCCAUUCCUGUAGCAUUGCAAGGGCGAGAUGUCAUUGGUCUUGCAGAGACAGGUUCAGGGAAGACAGGAGCAUUUGGACUUCCUGUGCUCCAGUCUUUGAUAUCACAACCACAGCGUCUUUUCUGCCUGGUCUUGACUCCUACCAGAGAAUUAGCAUUCCAAAUUAAAGAACAAUUUGAUGCCCUUGGAAAAGCCAUGGGUGUGACAUGUGUUGUGGUAGUGGGAGGAAUGGACAUGACACAGCAAGCACUGGAGCUGGGUAAGCGACCACAUAUCAUUGUGGCCACCCCUGGCCGUCUUGUGGACCACUUGGAGAAGACAAAGGGUUUUAACCUGAAAGCACUGAAGUAUCUGGUGAUGGAUGAGGCUGACCGCAUCCUCAACAUGGACUUUGAGGAGGAAGUUGAUAAGAUCAUGAAACAGUUGUCACGAGAUAGGAGGACUAUGCUGUUUUCAGCAACCAUGACAAACAAAGUUAAUAAGCUACAACGAGCUCAUUUAAAGGAUCCAAUAAAGGUAGAAGUUUCAUCAAAAUAUCAGACAGUCAGUAAACUACAACAGUCAAUGAUAUUUAUCCCCUGUAAGCACAAGCAUAUGUACCUUGCUUAUAUUUUAAGUGAAAUUGGCAACCAGUCUGUCAUUAUAUUCUGUGCCACUCAACUCUCUACAUUGAAAACGGCACUCAUACUCCGUAACCUUGGCUUUACAGCCAUUCCAUUACAUGGCAAAAUGUCUCAGAACAAACGUCUGGGUGCCUUGAAUAAAUUUAAAGCCAAGGAGCGGUCUAUUCUUUUAGCCACAGACGUGGCAUCAAGAGGACUUGACAUCCCAAGUGUUGACUAUGUGAUCAACUUUGAUGUGCCAAUGCAUAGCAAAGAUUAUAUUCAUCGUGUUGGCAGAACAGCAAGAGCUGGAAAGUCUGGUAUUGCCAUAACUUUUGUAUCUCAGUAUGAAGUGGAGGUUUACCAAAGAAUAGAGAAGUUACUAGGAUACAAGUUGGAUGUCUAUCCCACAGUCAAAGAGGAGGCCCUUGUAUUGGAAGAGAGGAUUGCAGAAGCUGAAAGAUUUGCAAAGCUCGAAAUGGCUAGGCUUAAUGAAAAGACAGGCAAGAAGGGAAAGAAGCGGGAUCAUGGAGAUGAUACUGAAGAGAGUCUUGGAGUCAGGAAUCGCAUCAACAAAAAGAAAAAGUUCAAGAAAUAGGCAGUUGGCAGUUUGAAGCCCUUGCAUUGUUAUGAUAGAAGAUUAUUUGAAUAGAAAGUUGCUAAUAUUUUUAUAUGUAUUAACUAAAGCUGACGGUUUGCUUUAAAAUACUGAAGAUGCAA